CUCUCGCAAGAAUGGCCGCCUCUUCCAACGCCGAGGUGCUUGCUGCAUUGACCCUGACCACUGACGACGGGAAGCUGAAUGUCAGGCUGGGACUGGAACACCUCAAGAUAGUCGUUAAGGAGUACGCCAAGAAGGACCCCAAAGUCCGCACCUCAAACGAGAUCCAGGUAGGUAGAUGUGCCGCCCGCAACUGAUCUGCAGACACAAUUGGUAUCGUGUCCUGCAGGCGAUUGGAGCAUGGCUGAAUCAGCCUGGUUUGCUGGCCACCCUGCGCGAGGAGACGAGAUUGGAGUGUGGUGCCAAGUGUUACUACAAGAGGAUAAGGGCGGGGAAGGCCCUUGACAAGACACUCCUGCAGAAGUAUGCUGUGGUCGUUAUCGGUACGCAUGUCCAUCAGAAUUGCCGGUGACGGCCGUGUGCGUGUAUCUUCAGAGGGCCUGCUCGCCCAGUUUCAGCAUUCGAUGGCGCCUGAAGUGCCCUCCUUCUCACGCUUCAGACCUCCAGGCACACCAUCAGAAGCAUCGUCGGCAGAAGGCAUGCAGCCACACGCACGCACACAGACAAGAGCACGAGGAUAUGAUGUCCCGCGUGCAGGGUCUGCAUCUGUAUCUUCGUCUUCCGUGUCCUCUCCGUCUGAGAGGCGGCUGCUCGCUCUGGCGCCCCCGGACCCCAGGCGGCAGGAGAUGGGAUACCUGGGGCUCGAUCUCGACGAGGCGCUCAAAAAAGCCGUGCGUGUGUGGAGAUCGGGUGAGGGAAGGAGACACGACUGAGACACAUUUAUGGCUCCGUGUCUUUCUUAUGCAUCAUGUGUCAGGGACCUUGCUGCUGUUUCCAUCACUGCUGCCAAAAGCGUCUCGGGAGAACACUGGGGUGGGGGUGCGCCGCAAGCAGGUGGUGGUUGAGGAAGAGGCGAUUAGAAGGCAGCAGACGGUGGAAAAGACCAAGGCGAGAGAAGGUAUGGACGCAUGGGUGUCUGUCUCAUGCUGCUCAGGCAGACGCGAAUGCUCGUGUCCUUUUGCAUUUGUUGCUGGGCAGGAUCGCGUUCUCCGGCUGUGGGUGUCGGCGAGGCACCGCAAAUACUUGGAAGCGGCAAAGCUGACAGACCCCCCGCAUCACGACCGGUAAGCUAAGGCAGCACAGCCAAGGACAUGACCUUCGUCCGUAUGUCUCUGCGUGUGAUCCUGUCAGGUGUUUGUUGGUGGUUCAGGCGAGAGUGACGAUGCGGCCCGCGCCAAGUGUUUCCCCACGGCGCUACCGGCAUGGUACAAUGUUGAGUCCUACCUCUGGAUCGCACUCACACACAACGACCUUAUCCUGCUGCCAUACGAGGCACGCUACACGCCUCAAGGAAGAAGAAAAGGACAGCCACACCGCCAUUUCAUUUCGAUUUUGGUGCAGGUGUUGGGUCAGAGUUUGAAGAUCGAGCGUGCACAGGAGCAGAAGAGGCGAAGGGCCUUUACCGUUAUGGCCCUGCCGCUGCAGAUCCGCCGCCUUGUGCGCGAAUCCCACAUGGAGAGGCUGAUGACCACUUUUCAGUACCAGUCACUGACCAGGGGCAGACUGCUGGUCAGAGAGGGACAAAUCAGCAGCACCCUGUUCCUCGUCCUGUCGGGGCAGGUGCGCUUCUCGGCCACGGGGCGCACAGCCACAACCCUCUCCCAGACGCCCAUGCACCAGCUGCUGUCACUCCCACAACGCACUCUCGCUCGCCCGGUCUCGAGAGCCGACACACAUGUCACAGAUGUCACGGUCAAGGAUGCAGAGGUGAGCAGCGCACUGGGCAGCAGCAGCAGGGCACUGGGCGGCACAUGGGGCUCGGCAGCUCUGCAGUCGGAGGCUCAGAUGGCUGCCGAUCGGCCUGUGAGUGCGUCCGAGGGCGGCGCUGUGGUGAUGGGUGGCGAGGAGCUGGGAGAGGCGGAGGGGAUGGAGUUCAAAGCUGUCGAGACACACAAAGGGGUGCCUGGGUGCUCUUGGCUGGUGGGCAAGGGCGUGUGGGUGGGCUGCAGGGGGUUGCUGUCCAUACCUGAGCUGUUCACUGUCCACACCGGUAAGCCAACUUGACACAACAACACAGUCACCACACACGUUGCCCCUGAGUGUGUGUGUGUUUGUGUUUGUGUUUGUGUGUCUGCACAUGCAUGCAGAGACAUCGGUGGUGGAGCUGUUGAUGUGUUCUUGCCACGACUUCCUGGACCAGUGUGGAUCGAUGGGCGCGUCGACAGGCCAGGACCUCCCCACCAAGCUUAACAGUGGCGAGGAGGCCCGGACGGUGUGGGCCCUCAGCAACAUCCAAGGACACGUGGCCACGGCUCCUCAGCUGAGCAUCCCCCGGCUGACGCUGCUGGAGCCGCCCCCGUGUGUGGUGCAGGAGAUGCAGCGGUACCUCGACCUCACCUCUUGGCGGCCGCCUAAACCGCCAUACAAGAGGGGCACCGACCUCAUGCAGGCUGAGAGCUGACACGCAUGUGCUGCCUGCAGUGCUUACUGUGUCGAUCUCGUGACUUUGGGUCUGUUGGGAGACAGAGCGGCAU